AAUGGCACAGAACCAAGGCGUUAGGGACAAUCCGUAUACAUACAUACCUUAGGUAGUGAACAUAACUUAUACUACAUUAUCUUACUCAUACACGCUUAAAUAUAUCGACAAGUUUACUUAAGAGCCAAUUUAAUGAUAUCGUGAUGUUUUCAUAUGUUGUAGCGGGCAUUGCCAUUUUAUUAUUUACAUACAACCCAAUUCUUCAAUACUUUUCUCCCGAGCCAUCCUGUCUUCCACGGACCGCUCGGCCUCGUAUAAAUGAAUCCCUCCUUGCCAUCGAUGCAGCAAACCAAACAGCACCGGACUGUCCUCCGGAUUCAUACUCAAUUCAUAUUCUUUCAAAAGCGCCAAUCGUAAUUUAUAUCGAGAAUUUCCUCUCCAACGAUGAGCGGUCCCAUUUGCUAGAGAUUAGUGAGCCGUUGUUUGAGCCUUCGACCAUCACCCACGAUGGCGACUCGACGCAGCGCGAUGCUACAAUUCGAGACUCGGAGGUCGCAUUGAUACCCCGUACCGACACUGUGCGAUGCAUCGAAGCUCGUACACGAGCUAUUCAGGGCUGGCGCGACGACUUGUGGAUAGAGCGUCUUCGUACACAGCGUUACGGGGCGAACCAGCACUACGCGCAUCAUUUCGACUGGGGCUCCGGCGCUCGGGGCUGGGGCCGAGUCAGCAGCGUUAUGGCUUGGGUGCAAGCUGAAGACGUCGAGGGAGGAGGAACCGAGUUUCCCCUACUCCGGCGAGAAGCACCCGACAACCCGUGGUGUCAAUGGGUUGAGUGUCCCAAGCUACCCGAAUCCGAGGGAGAAUUCCCCACCACGGGCGGAGAAUUAGUUGCGGGCGUUUCUUUCAAGCCUAUCGCUGGUAAUGCUGUAUACUGGGAAAACUUCCGUCCCGACGGAACGGGGAGAGGUUGGGAUGAGACUUGGCACGCGGGUUUGCCCGUGAAAAAGGGGACGAAAGUCGGUCUGAACAUUUGGAGCUGGGGUAGGCUUAGCUAGAAAGGCUUUUUCAUGGCUCAUCCCAUAAAAGCAAAGUCGGUAUAGCUCUAAAGGAGAGUCGUCUAUCUGAUGGCUUACGCUGCGGGCCAUAUAUUAUGAAUAUUAUAUUCAGACAACGUGGAAUUACGAGCUUCCCACACUUUAUACCUUGUUGCGGACAAACCCGCCCGAAUCAGACACCGCAAAGUUCCAUACCUAUGCUCGGACAAUUUAUUUAACUUUCAAUACCAAAACCUCUAUAUAUCUCAGCAGCCAAUAAGAUAAUAGCUAUAUAUUAACCUCGUCAUCAAAACAGAUACAGACGAUCAAAGUUUCGGUCAAAUAUGAAUUAACUUCAAGUCCGGAAUAACCUUACUUCGUUCUAUAUCGGUGA